AUGACUGAUAUAAGAAAUAUCAUAUUAAUUGGCCGUACGGGAAACGGAAAAUCAACGUUAGCUAACGUGCUAACUAAUUCUAAUGAAUUUAUGGAAAGUGCUGGAAGUAUCAGUGAAACACGAAGGAUUCAAAUAAAAGAAUUUGAAGAAACAAUAGACACACGCGGUGACCAAGUAAUUAAAUACAGAGUAAUUGACACUGUAGGACUCGGUGACACGGGUUUAACUGAGAAAGAAGUUCUUUAUAAAAUAGCAGAAGCCAGCCAUUACAUCAGAGAAGGCUUAAAUCAAAUUUUAUUUGUUACAAAUGGGAGAUUCACCAAAGAAGAAGUUGAUACUUUUGGGUUAUUUAAAUCUAUCAUUUUUGACAAAAGGGUUGCCGAAUACACCACCAUCGUAAGAACUAAUUUCCCAGACUUCGAAGACCAAACCGAAUGUGAUUGUGAUCAACAAAAAUUACGGAAUGAGAAUGAAUCUCUUUUCAAAAUACUUGGCGCGUGCAGGAUUAUACAUAUCGAUAAUCCUCCAUUAAAAGGUCGUUCAGCUGCCACGAACCGUGAUACUCGUGAAGAGUCACGGAAAAGACUCUUGAUUUAUUUGGCAACCUGUCAAGGAAUUUAUAAACCUGAAAACCUGGAUGCUAUGAAUGAUCGAAUCGGUG